AAAAAAUCACAAAAGGUGUAGGCUCUCUAUUCCACUCAUGAAGAUGGUUAUUGUAUCAUCAGAAUGAAGAAAGAUGAGUGCUUUGCUUUCUUCUGCUCUGGCCACCGCCUCCGCUUCCACAGCCCUCCGCCGCAGUAAUAAAUGCAUUUUCAACUCCAAGGCUUUUGCCUCGUCCUCUUAUUACCUCCACCCUUUUCUACUUAGAGUUACAAAUGAUUCUAAAAGCACACAAUUGUCUCCAGAUGCUACCAUUGACAGAUCAGAGGCCGAUAAAAUUGUGGAUGGUAUGGACUUUGGUGAGCUCUGCAAUGAGUUUGAGUGCAUCAGUAGCCCUUUGGUGGAAUCUACAGCAAGACAACUUGCCCGUGAUAUUCUAGAGCUUCGGGAAGGCAAUCGUGCCCUUGGGACUUAUGCUGUUUCUGUCAAAUAUAGGGAUCCAGUCAGAAGUUUUACUGGUCGUGAGAAAUACAAGAGACGAUUAUGGGCAACCAAGGCACUCGACAACCCAACUGUGUCUGUGCAGGAAAUGACGAUGUUAUCAACCAGUGUCCUCAUCAUUAAGUGGAGAAUCAAAGGGAAGCUGAAAUCUUUUCUUGCUGGUGUAGGAUCAGGAGAUUUGAUAUUAAAAGUUAAUUCACAAUUCACUCUCAACCAAAUUAGUGGGCAAGUGGUUGAGCAUGAGGAAUUCUGGGAUUUAUCAUCUUCAUCAAUAAUUGCACAGGCAUUCUUCUGGGCAUCUCGACGUCUUUUUGCCACAGUUGAGGCUGGAAAAGAUUUGGCUGAUGGUGUUAAGAACUUGACAAGCCGUUUCUCAACUGAUGAGAAAGAAAACUUGGAGAUGUAUCCAGACCCCUCGGGUGAUCCAAUGAAGUUCUUUCAAAGAGAUGACAACUUCCAAAGAGAUGCGUACCAAAUUGCACUAUUUCUGGCAGUCCUCUAUUUUGUAGUUCAGUUUUUGAAAUUAACAUUAUAAUAACAGCUCCGAGGACAGUCACUUUUGUAAUUGUUGUUGUAAUUAUAAAUACCAGCACAGUGUAUAUUGUUGUAUAAAAUUAAUCUUGUAUUAUUAAUUUUAA